GGAUGAGGUCUUCCCCGACGAUUACGAUCCUUAUGAGGGAGCUCCAGCGACUCCGAUCGAGGCACAACCUCUUAUCCAUGUACAUGACACCGAGUCGCAGGGUGAGAUUCUGUCCAUAGAGGCACAACCUGUAGUGGUUAAGAGUCGGAAGAGGAAGAGAAAGCCUCCUGUAUGGUUCGGUGACUAUACGGAGAUGAAGAGGAGACAUAGGCCAUCUUCGACUUUUGAUCCCCUGGAGCCACCGGAUGAGAAAUUGUUAACCACUUUCCGAAAGUGGUGUGUUGGACUCAUUCCGAACCACCGACUUCGGGAUUUGAGAAGUGGUGAUUACGGUCCAGGAUUCUUUUGGAUAAUGCUCACACCAAAGGAAUGGCUUACAGAUGACCAUAUAGAUGCAGCAAUGCAUAUGCUGAGGAGGCGACGCACCGACUAUCCACUGACAUUUCCUCAGAAGGGUAUCAUUCUCUCCACAUUCGUGACCGCCAUGAUCAGCAGUGCAUGGACGAGCCACAAGGGUCCGAGGAAAAACUUUAAAUGGGAGGAAUAUAUCCUGGACUACUGCACAGGGUUUCAUAAGUCCCAAGUCUUUGAGAGAUGGAGGGGUAACGAGUUUAUUUACUUCGUUACGCACCUUCCCACGGCAAGACACCGGGUCACGAUUGAAGUCGACAUAGAGCCGUGGAAAAUUAAUGUCUACGACCGUGAUUCCGGCGUACGUCAUUGGACCGCCAUGGAACCCAUCUUGAAGCAUGCACAGUGGAUCGCCGGGAAAAACGAGUUCAACAGCAUGAUCAAUGCUUUGAUGCCUAUCUGA